AACAGGGUUGUGGGUCGAUGAGCCCGUCAGCUGCUGCGAAAAAAAGGCGGCAGACGCUUUACUUGGAAAUGUAGAAAUAAUGAAUAGUUGGCUCAAAGCCUUCCAGUGGAAAUAUGGAAAUAUUCUUACUGAAGUAUUUAACACUUUUCAUUGCAAAAAUCAACUGGAUGUAAAGGAAAGAUGACAGAUAUAACUGAUACAGGAUUUUUGGCACUUGUGUGUGGACCUGUGGUGAUGAUGGAGGAAGACAGCUAGGGCAAUGGAUAAGGAAGGGGACUGUUCAGUGUCUUCGUUAGUAGUUUUUUAAACACUGCUGCAUUUUCUUUUGGAAAGGUGGUUGAAGUCUUAGGACACAUUACAGGUGUUGGUUUGCAGUUCCUUCAUCUUAUCUCUGAUUUGAUACUUUAGCAGAGAAUGGAGAUUUGUUUUUGUUUGUGUGUGUGUGUGUUAGUUUUGCUGAUAGAUAUGGGUUGUGAUGGGCCCUACAUAUCAAGAUUCAAUAGAAAACAAACAUGGGGUUUAUUUCUUCCUGUGUCCUUCACUUUAUUUAAUUUAUUGCAUCAGGCUAGGAAGCAUAAGACAACUUUUUUUUUUUCAUGUUCUCAUUUGUUGUUAGUGAUUUUUGUUGGGUUUUUUUUUUUUUUUUUUUUAGUCAUUGAUUGUAGUUGAUGGCUUUAUCAUAACAGGAUAUGAAACAACAACUUGACAAAAACAUGAGCAUGGUGUUCAUUUCAAAUUUGUGAUCAGGUCAUGUGACGUUUUGUGUCAGGAAGAUAUUCGUGGUGUGUAAUUGAGAGAUGGGACUCCACUCCCCCCUUGCCUUCAUGCAACCACUCCCAGUCCCAGUGUGUGGACCACAUUAACAAGAGAACUGUGCUAUGAUGAUGGGUAAUUUAGACCAUAAAGUACCAGUAAUUAUAGCAGUGAAUUUUCUGUCACAGUCAGUAGCACUUGUCUUCUGUCAGCAAGAGAGGAACAGUGCUUUCCAGGUUUUAAUUUGACUUGUACAGUUGUCAGCAGAUUUACAAGGAAAGUUGGGGGGAGAAUUUCUUUGCAGAAAACUGGCAGGUCAUCUAUUAGAUUCUGUGGAUUAAAUGUGCAUUCUGUUUCAUGAGAGAAACGAUUGUGAAGUGUGAUAAGCUGCAGGUAAAGCAUCCAGUUCUUUGGGCAAACUAAAAAGGGUAGAUGAGGGCGUCAGAGGUUUCACAUAAAGGGAGAUUACCCACCCAUGCGGGUUGGGGGCACCCCAGCAAACUUCAUCAUGGAAGAUGAAAAACCUGGCAGCACGCCGGGUAUUACGAUUCGUGCUGCCACGCCUGAACGCCUCAUCGAGCUUUGUGUUGGUGCUUUUGCAGAAGAGGGCGUGGCAGUACAGCAGGAGGACUUUGUGAAGGUCUUCUUCCUCAUGCAUCAAUGGUUCAUGACAUCAGAGGAACUGGUGCAAGCAUUUAUAGAUCUUUAUCAGUCUUCUGAUGAGACAGUGUCUUGUGAUCAUCCAGGAUGCCGUCAUCUUCCAUCUUGUCAUGACUGCCAGGUACAGCAUUACAAGAGAAAGAUUUGCCAGGCUGUCAGGUACUGGAUUACGAACUACCCAAUGCACUUUGACCUGAAUGGGCAUGUGACAGCGGCAGUGCAGAGUUUAGGGGGAUUAUUGCAGGCAGAGGGCAACUCGCAGCUGAAAGAGCUGUUGGACCUGUCCACAGUGCCAUCAUAUGAGUGGAUGCGGAGCAUGUCUGUACGCAACACUGGAUCCAAACAUUCUCGCAAAGUAUCUUUGGUAUUUAAUCACCUAGAACCAGAGGAACUGGCAUCACAACUGACAUACCUGGAAUACAAGGCUUUCCGAAGAAUACAUUUUGUAGAUUUCAAGAACUAUGCCAUGACUGCUUCACUGAAAGACCAGCCCAAACUGGAGCGCUCAAUAGCUCUUUUCAAUGGCUUGUCUCAAUGGGUGCAGUGUAUGGUUCUUUGCAAAACCACACCACAGCAAAGAGCUGAUGUCAUAGUAAAAUUCAUCAAUGUUUCAAAGCACUUACGGGUUCUGCAAAAUUUCAACACGCUUAUGGCUAUUGUGGGAGGAUUGUCUCACAGUGCUCUGGCUCGUCUUUCUAAAACGAUUUCUUGUCUUCCGUCCGAGUCACAAAAGAUUCUCAUGGAGUUCACAGAGCUGCUGUCAUCCAACAACAACUUCAGCAACUACCGCAAAGUGUAUCAUGCAUGCACAGGAUUCAAAAUCCCCAUCCUGGGAGUUCACCUAAAAGACCUGAUCUCACUUCAUACAGCACUGCCAGACAGGGCGGAGGGUGGCCUGCUCAACUUCCGCAAGAUGGCUCAGCUCUCCUCUAUUCUGCGGGAGCUAACACGAUUGCAGGGUCAUGAUAGUGUGCCAGUUGAUGCCAACAUGGAUCUUGUCAACACUCUGAGGCUGUCAUUGGAUCUGCAUUAUACAGAGGAUGAGAUAUAUGAGCUCUCACAGGCUCGUGAACCACGCGAGUCACUGUCUUCUCCCACAACUCCAACCAAGCCAGUGGUGUUUGCUGACUGGGUGGCCGGAGUGAGCCCUCCCGACUCUAACACCAUCAACAAACAUGUGCAUGACAUGGUAGAAGCUGUAUUCAAAAACUAUGACCACGACAGAGAUGGCUUCAUAUCUCAUGGAGAGUUUGAAGCAAUAGCUGGCAACUUCCCCUUCAUUGACUCUUUCUGUGUACUGGAUGCUGACCAAGAUGGAAUGAUCAGUAAAGUGGAGAUGAAGACAUAUUUCAUCCGUGCUAACUGCCACGCCCUUCGCAAUAGCUUCAAACAUGCCUUUCACGAGACCACAUACUUCAGGCCUACAUUCUGCAUUCACUGUACAGGACUGCUCUGGGGACUUAUCAAACAGGGGUGGAAAUGCAAAGACUGUGGUAUCAAUGCCCACAAGCACUGCAAGGACCUGGUUGUCAUGGAGUGCAGAAGCAAGGGCAGCACCAAGCGCACAGAGUCAUUGUCAAAUGGUGCAGGAAUGCCAGAGAUGACGCUGUCAGCUAAGCGCAAAAUAUCUCAGCGACAAAAGAGAGCAUCCCCAUCUCAUUUGCAAGAGCAGUCAGCACAGACAGAAGAUGUCAUCCACCGAAUGAGCUGCUCCAGCCGGUGUCAACCACAUCGAGAAGUGACCCUGGUGGAUGGGGAGUUUUAUGAAGAGCAGUCUCUGCUAUAUGAACGGCUACUCAAAGCUGAGGAGGAUCGAGAAAAGCUGAUGGAAGAAAACAGCAUGUUAAGGUCUCGCCUGGAGAUUGCCAACGAACAAAUCAUGACUCUCAAGUCUCACAUUGGAGUUAUUCGCCAGAACACCAUCGCCUUCAUUUUGGAACAGAUGGAUGCUUUGCAUAUGCAGCGUGACACAGAAGUUUAGCUUGAGGCUACAAUCAAAUGCAAGUGUUGUGUUCAUCAUGACACAUUCUGACACACCGCCGUGUUCUGAGACCACAGCUAGCUACAUUUGUUUUGAUAGAUCGGAAAUGCCUAUUUGCCCAGAAUGCAGUUUAUCAACAGGACCACUCAGUUAACGUAGAUGACCACCCAUGCCACCUCACAGACUUAGUUACAUUAUCCAAGUACCUGUGAUACACAUAACCAUAAAAACACAGUACUGAUGACAGUGCAUACCCAUUCCAGUCUUAUACACAUUCUGUACCUUUCUGAAUUUAUGAACCUUCUUACACUUCCAUUAAGAUAACCCUUAAAUUCCAUGAUAUCCUAUAUCACUCCUAGCCACUUCAUUUAUGUUUAUAUUUGUAGGACCCUAUGAUCUGAUUCAAGUUAUUACAUUCAAAACAAUGCUACUGCUUUGUUUAUUCUGAAAAAGAGAUCUGAUUUGGUUGUUCAUUGAACACACUUUGUGUUUGUUGUGCCAUAGAGAUUUGAUUUGGUUCUUCGUGUUAUCAUUCUCUACCAAAGCACACAUUUGAGGUGAUCAUUACAAAUGACUGCCUUUUAAUUUAUCUCCUUUUUUUUUUUUUUAACAUAUCGGCCUAUUCCAACACUAAAGGUUUCCUCUGCAGCUUUAUGCUAUUCUUGUUUCUUAAAGGUGUUACUAAUACACAAAAAUUACCCUGUGCCUGUUUAUGUCUUGAUAAAAAGUGAGAUCAAAACAAGGAGCGCAUAUUAAUGCUUCUUCACAUUAAUUUGCAUGUAUUAAUUCCCAGCAAACCACUCCUCCUGCUGCCACCCCUCUGUGUUUAUGGUUUAGUCACCUAAUCCCCAUCUUAUUAAAGUAAGUCAAGUGCAAGUCAUAGCCCACCAUUACAGGUUUUUAAGAUGAAUCUUGCCAGCAUCUUUUCAAAGACUUGGAUAAGAGGGCUGAGGUCACCUGCAACCCUUUGUCCUUGUUCUUUGUGUCAGUAUCAGUGAAACAGCUGCUGGAUACACACCUGACAAUGAAGCAAGUACUUGUGUUUGGAGUGCACCAGUGUAAGAUAGGAACAGUUUGUAUGUGUGAAGGAGAAUCAGCAGGUCUUGUGCAAGAAGGUGACAGGUGAGUUUGUUACAGGAGAAGAGUAGACUAGGUUGGAAUUGCAGUGUUUGGCACAUCAGCAGCAACUGUAGAAGUUGCCUGAUAGCAUGUGCUAGCUGAUAGUGUGUGCUAGGUGAGAAUAAUACAAUUAGCUGAUGGACCACAGUGAUGGAUGGGAGUUCAGGAAAACAUGAAGUGUCAUGUAGACAUUCCUAUGAUUGUUAUUGAGAAUUUUGUGCAUAUGGCAUAUAUUGUCAAUUUUUAGAGACUUGCAAGCAGUAGUCUUCUAAUGAGAAGACUUUCAGCAGAAAAUGGCUGCACUGAAUGAAGUCAUCAUUCUGAAGAUGUUUUUGACAGAGAUAUUGAUGGAAGUGUGGGCAUUUCAGCGUAGCCUCCCUGCUGAUCAGACAGUAUUUUCAGUUUGUCAGUUCUCACCAUUAAUGUCAUUCUCAUCUCAGGGUACAGUCGACUCAUAACAUUAAGCUGAGAUUCUUUUCUGUUUUGUGGAAACACUUAAGUCUAGUGCUUUUGUUAAAUAAAAAUGUGACCACAAUAGCAGCAAUAUGAUGCAUUAUGAAAAAAGAUUGUUCUUAUCACAAAUAACAUGAUGGUGCAUUAACCAUCAGUGUAGAAAGGUGAUUACAGCAGGGCGCCAAAUUAAAUCUGCUCACUUCAAGUAUUGUUCGUGACAAGGAGAGAUACAAAGUCUUUCUUCCAUUAGGGUGGUUAAGACAAACCAGUACUUUACCUGUGUGUGUGCGUUUUUAAAUUAAAAACAUUGGACAGAAGACCAUGCUGAUGAUGUGUUGAUACAUAAUAAUACCUGACAUAUAUAUAAGUUUAUAUUAGCAAAAUAUUCAUAAUUCAUUUCUAUUAUAAUUUUCUUUAGCUUCAGAAUAGAAGGAUCAGUUCUGCUGUGUGUUGUGUUGUCCACUUUGUUGAUGGCAUUGGAGUGUGAAAUCCUUAGGAUGCUGUGUCAUUUUAAAUAUAUUUUUAUAAGUCUUAAGUUGCCUGCAACACCGCUUAUGUAAAAACAGUUUCUUUGACUUGUGUCAGUAGCAACAUCUGUGCAACUUGAUAUUCCAACAUUUAAGACCAAAGGAAUCAACCAAAUAAGAGACUGCGUAAGUGGAAUUACUAGGUACUGUUUCAGCAGGCAGAAUACUAAUGGUGACAAAGGAUCAACAUGCUGAGCACUAUUGUUCUUACAAGAGAGUUUGUGUCUGGAUAUAAAUGAACAAGUCUUUUAUUCCUGCAAAAAAAUGUGUGAUGUAGAGUAUGUCAUAUUACAGUUUUAACUUUUUCUGUUUGUUCUCAAGAUGUUUGAAAAAUACUUGAUUUUAACUAUUUGGAGUUGUUGGAAGGACAGCUGAUUGAAUUUAAAAGACAUGAGGUUUUACGUGGAUAAUGAAUGUCUGGUUUGGUUGUUCAAUGUUGUGGGCAUUUUAUGCAGUAAGAAAGUAUACUGCGACAUUGAAAAAAGUACAUUCAAAUCUGCAUUAUUGCACCUGUUUUCCACAAGAUAAAAAAUCUGUUUUUUAUCCUUCCUUUUUUAUGGCUUUUGCUGGGACGCAAGUUAACAGAGGGUUUUUAUAAGAACUCAGCUGGUGGAUUUUAGGGUAGAAAUGGCAUGCCUUUGUCUUCUUUGUGAUUGCCUGUUCAGUUAAUAUUUCACACUGAUAUCUUUUCCAAAAUGAUCUUUGUAGUAUUUGUUACUUGCAUUGUGUUCCGUGACCAUAUAAGUAAUAUAAGACUCGUGGUCCACACAUAUAGUACCUGUGACAUGGCACAGAAAGAUGGCAGUUCAGGUAAUUUGGUCCUUUGCACAGGACAAAGUUACUUCAUUUGUUUCUCGUGUACACAGUUCAUUGUUUGUGUAGUCAGUUAACUCAUUGUGAAAAUAAAUUAACAAUAUUCCAGUUUUUCAAGAGCUAUAAUAUGUACAGUUGGGAACACUGAACAUGAAAAAAAGUUCAGUGACUAAGCAUUCUCAGUGCUAAAUAAGAAUAAUAUAUAAAAAAAAUACAUGUACGAUUUAUAUGGUGCACAAUCAUGCUCACAUAAGAGCAUGCAAUCAGUGUUCGACUCAAUGAGGACCCUUUAGUGUAUAUGAAGGAAUGGAAAAAUGAGCGACAAGGAGGAAAUACAAAAAGAUAGAGAAGACAUGGAGGUAGUGGAUAGUGAUAACAGAGUUAUCUGAAAAGUAAUCAAGAAAGGGAUUUCCACAGGACAGACUAACCAAGAAGGCAAAGGACAGUGGUUUAGUAGCAGUAACUGGACUGUGUUGUGUUUUUAAUUAAUGAACCCUAACCCAGACUCGAUGGUGAAUAAGUUGCCAAUAUAAAAAGUUCCACUGCUUUACUGCCUUGUAGUUAAAAAGCCAGUGACCAUAAUUAUGUAUUAUUUUGAUGACAGGAGAAGAUCACAGGUGUAGGAGUCCCUGCUGCAGGAUUUGUUUCUUGUGCUCCCAUUUUUAUUCUUUUAUUUUGAACAGCCUUUAGAAGUCUUUUAAUCUAAACGUUAGACAGCAGCCAUCCACAAAGUAAUUUUGCAUCAAGAAUCAUUGAACAGUACAAGACAUUUUAUUGCUGCUGUCUGUGGUCAGGAGUAGUUCAUGGAUCAUGCCAGGAACAUUAACUAGCACCAUGCCUACUGUUGUUCAUGAAUAUGUACUCUCUGACUCAUGCAGGCACACAACACAGCCACCAAUCAACUUGAGUCGCCAGCAUCUGAAUACAGUUUCAUCCAUGUGUUAAGUGGUUCUUGCUGGAAAGAUGUUAUUACAUGUUGACGUGUGUAGUGCUGUGCUGGCAUCUUGCCUGCUGCCAAAGCUGCUGUGAUAAAGAGUGCAUGUGGGACAUGGUAAUUCCUGUCCUGUGUUUGUCAUCUUUCACAGGGAACACACAAGAAGAGCAAAGAGGCUAUUCCAUAAAGAAAUCAUUAAAUUUUUAAUACGAUGUUUUCACAGUAUGAAAGACUCCUUUAAUUGAGACGAAUGAUAGUCAUGUAGUUUGAAAGGUCUUGCUUUGAUUUAAAUUUAUUUUAUUGCUUUUGAACAUUCAAGAAGAAUUUGUUUUAAUUUCCAUACUUGUCUUUUUAAUGAGUUGCACUAAUUAUAAAUUGAUUCACAGAUAUUGUCAAAUUUCUUCCACAAAUAUAAUAUACCCAACAGAGCUGUUCAUACCUUAUUGUCACUAAGACAUUUUUAUUUUGUAUAAUUGAUCAAAAUGUUCCCCUUGCAGCCGAGUUAUUUCCUUUCAUUAUGAAAGGGAAAAUUUCAUAAUCAUUAAAAUUCCUCUUAUGAUGGAAAUGUUUGUUUAGACCAACUUUUAUUUGAGGAACUUUGUUUACUCUUCAUAUGGUAUACUAGCAAAAAAUAACUGUUUUUUCCCCAUUGGGACCAUAAUUACGCAUUUAUAAAAGUGUGACAGUCGUCAAAAAAUAUAAACGGGUAUUUUGAUGUUAAUGUGUUCAUGAUGUUUGCAUAUUACCUCCAUAUCAUGUGUAGAUUUGGUGUGUGUAUUUCUCACGUGACAUGGUGCAGAGCUGGAGGUAGCGUUGUUACUCUCAGCAAUAUAAAUGUUAAUAUUAAACAGUCAAGUGCUUGAUUUUUUAUAUUUAAUCUACAGAUUCACUGUCAUUUUGUCAUGGGGUCAGUUUUCCAUUUUUUGGUUUUUUUCUAACAAGCUUGGGGCCAGUUGGGCCAGGCUUGUGGCAGUCAGCUCAGUUUUCAUGCUCAGACCCAAAGCAGUUAAUGGGUGUGCUUUAUUUCCCAUGGCUGAUGUCUUCAGCUUAAUAAUAUUUUAGAGGAAACCUGCUUAACUACUUCAUUUGAUGCCUUAGAGUAAUUGUGUCAAAGACUUUAAAUGCAAUAUUUCCAGUGGUAUCUUGAUCUGUACUUUUUGAUGCUUAACAAAUAGCAGUCUUUCAGGUGGUUCCCCGUUUAAAAUCUUUGCAUUGUUGGCUUGAAAUAUGUUUGUAUGUUGGCUUGUUAGACCAAGACUUGUUUGUCUGUGGGAUUGUUAGACUGAGACUUGGUAGAGAGACUGACACUGACGUGAGUCAAGCUGAAGAUGACAAAUAGAGGGUAGCUGUUGGCUACAGGAAUGUUACACCUGGGCAGAGUGGCAUCUGAAAUGUGCAUUUAUUUAUCAAACUGUUGCAGUUAUUUGUGCUUCUUUGCAGAGAUUUGUCUUACAAUUCUCCAAACAACCUGCUUAAAGUCUGUGAUUGAUAAGUUUGAUUGUCAUUUUUUAAAAUAAAUUGAUGUUUGCUGCUGGAGGAACCUGCAGACUUGCUCUCAUGAAAAAUACCUCCUGCUUAAGAGCACUCCGAAAGAAUAUCUUUUGUUAAGAACAUGUCUUUAUUCCAUUGGACAAUCUGUGAUGUUCUUGGUUCUUAAGUGCGUGUCUUCUCUGAAUAUUUCAGUGGUUUACCAUUCAGGAUGUAGAUAAUGUUACACAGUUAUUUUGAUAUAUGCAAUAAUUACUGAAUUCUCUCCCCCACCCCCAACCACCACCAGAAUGCUUCCUCUUUUGGUAGGUCAGCAACUACCACCUUGUCAUGUGGGCACCUCACCCUGCUUCUGAUGUCAGUGACUAUCUCAUGUGUAACAGUAGCUUCACAAAAUACGCAAGAACAAUGUACACUGAAGUAUAAUACACAAAGGCAUUCAUAAUGCUUAAUGUGGGCAUGCAUCAAAUAAUGUUUGUACUCAUUGUGGACACAGACCAACAACUGUUUUUAUGACCACAGAACAUUACACUAUUCAUUAUCGAUCUCAUAUUUUCUAGUCUUGAGUCUUGUAUGUUGAGACCAUCGCUUUAUUACUGGUUGUGUAUUGUUGGGUGGAGUUUCAUGGACUUGACCUCAAUGCUCCAUAUUCAUCUGCAUGUCCAUCAUCACACUCUGUACUUUCACAUGGGACAGGAAGCUUUUAGUAUUAAUAGCAUUACAUUGUGACACACCCUUAUUCUUGUCUGUUCUUGCUUUCACGUGGUUUUAUUGUAUGUAUUGUCAAAAAUUUUUGCAUGCAUGUAUGUGUGUAUGUUUGUUUACAGUUUAUAGAUUAUAUGUGUAGAUCAGUGUGCAUGUCUUUAAAGAUCUCGUUUGUGCACAGGCAGCAAGCAUAUGUUGAUCAUGUGUAGCCCAUAAUAUAAAAUUGUUUUUGUUUUGCUCUCAUUCUGUCUGCUUUUCAUCUUCUCUGGGUUUUGCACUAGGCUUGGUGAAAGUGCAGCAGGUGCUAGCAUCAGUAGUGGAACUCUUGUCAGUCUUGCGCAGUUCACAUUACAUGUGGUAGUUUGAGGUAGCAUGAAGUAUAAUAGCACAGACUUCAUCUGACUAGUCCACUUUAGUUCCUAUACAAACACUUGAUCCAUUCCAGCCAUUAUGUCAUGUAGGACUCUUGGCUUCUGUCAAAUGAUGCUUAGUUUGGCCUUAAGAUUUUAGUUAAAACGUUUUUUUGUUAUAUUUGCUGGUAUUAGUGUGACUCUGUUACAGGUGUCAUCAUUUAUUUUUUAAGGCUGCUGUAGAAAGUCACAUGACACUAUUCUAGACAUUACUCACAAAAGGAUUUGACAGAUGGUAUUAUUAUUCUAGCUGCAGAAUAUGUACGCUUCAUUUUUCUGUAAUGUGCAGUAGUUACUAAACAAAAUGGUAAUGCAUAAAUGUAUAAACAUACUUGAAAAGAAAGGAUUGGUUUCCACAUGACUGUGAAGUAAAAACUAUACGAGAUAUGUACUUCACACAAAUAUUGUUCUUAUUGUAAUGUCCAGUGACAAAUUCAUUUCAUUCAAAUGGGCUGAAGUGUCCUUUGGUAAAUUCAUUUAACAGCUUCGUAGCCAACCCAGUCAAGUUUUGAUGGUUUUUGUUUUCCCUGCCCAGGCAUUGCUAGUGAAUAUUCUGUGUGGUAUCAGCAGUGGAGAACAAAGUACAAGAUUUUAGGAGAGAUCUUUUUCCUUUACAAAAUGUAUUUAUGCAUGUAAGCUGCAUGGCAGUGAUACAAGGUCAAAGUCAUGUAGGAGGAAUGCUAUUGGCAUUUGUUUUGUAACACAUUAGUUAUACAUUAUGAACACGUAAUAUUUGCUAUGAACUAAGAACUGAUGUUAUGCUUCCAACGAUAAUUCUGACUGCUAAUGCUGUGAGCUCGCUUGGCUGUUGUUUCUCUCAGUACUGUUUUAUGUGCUGUGUUCUUCAUUGUUGCUCUUUAUGAAUACUUCGUUAUCACUUUCUAUAUGUGUUGGUGAUUGUGCAUCUCCUGUGCUUUCUGUGUGCUUUCAUGUUAGAGAUCUGUUGUCAUAAGCAGGAUUCCUUUUAAAGUCUUUUUAUGCAUCUGCUUUCAUGACUGGGUGCAUAAAGUUUUUGAAACUGCUAUUUAAAUAGAUCUUUAUAUUGUCAGAUUUUGAUAUAUGGCAAUUGCUAUUUGGAAUAUGUUCAUCUCUGCAAUACAAAUACAAAAUGAUGGAAUUAAUUUUAACUGUACAAAGUACAGCUCUGAGAUAGCUACAGUAUUGAUAUUCCUCCUGUCACUAUCAUCUGUGCAAGGUGUCUACAUGUUUAGUGGUGUCAGCAUGUGAAAACUUUUUGUAAAUAUAGACACAAAGCCUAAAGACUGACAAAUGCCACCGCAAUGUUUUUGUUUUUUGUGCAGUUUUUCUUUCUUUUUUUUUACCUUUCUUUAUUCAGCUUUAAUACAAACUGCUCAUGUUUAGAGGGGUCUGGCACAUUAUAUUUCAUGUUGUUGUCAAUAAGUUUGUAUUGUUCUGUGCAUACAGUUUGUAACAAAUUGCUGAUUUUUUUUUUUUUUUUUUUUUUUUUUUUUUUAGUUGUCUGCCCCAUUUCUAUGCUUUUUUGCCAAACAUACAAGAGCGAAUAUAAUUGGUUCAUCGAGAUCUAAAGGGACAGUAGAAAGGAGAAUUGAAUGUCAUAUCCAGUCAGUGCUGUAGUAUCUUAAGGACAGAAAGCCUGGUAGUGAAAUCUUAGUGCCUGAGGCAUGCUCAACUUAGUAAACGGUCUAAUAAUCUCUUAUUCAUUUACCUUCAACGUCUAUCAUCAAAGUUUUUUUGCUUAGCUACUCACAAGAGUAGACCAACACUGCAAAAGAAGACCAAACAAAGAAAAACAUGUCAGACAAGCAGGGAAAGUUAUGAGUUGAAAAACAUGUCCAUUCCAAUAUAUUACAUCAGCUUUUCUCUCUCAAGAGUUAACCAAACCAAACAUUAGAAAGAUGUCGCCAAAGGUCUUAAAUGUUAAGAAACUGACCAUCUUUAUUUCAUGAGCGUUUGAUGAAGACCAUUUUUCUCCUGCUGUACUUGUUGAAAGCUGUUCUCAUUUGUGUGAGUGUACAAACCACUUCUCUAGCACAGAAGUUGGUAUCAGUCUACCUGCCCCAUCCAUGUUUAGCUAACAAUUUACAGAAGUUUUCUUCUGUUUUUCCAAACUUCUUACUGGGAAAUAUUUGUAUAUUUUCCCAGCCCCCAUGAUUUUAAAAAGAGAACUGGAACAUUUAUUUCCUUACAUCAGCCCUGGGCUCUCUACCUAUGACAGUACUUUGAAACUGGAACUUUUUCAUAGCAAAGGCUUGCAUUUACGCACUGGGCCCAGCAUGUGAUUAUUUCAGGUGACCUUUGGCCACUGUUAGAGUCCAAAUUUUGCAGUUAAUUACCAGUUUUGUCAGUUAACAAAGUUUUUUGGGUGGCGGUUGCAACUGGGUUUAGAUGCGCAGUUGUGUUAAAGGUACUUUUUUUUUUUUACAAGAGGCCACUUCAAAGUUUUUUUGUUUUCUUUUUUGCUAGUAUUGCAAACAUUCCCUAUGACCAGUGUUACUUUCUAGUAAUGUUUGUUUCAUUUAUAUAUUCCUACUUAAUUUGUCUAGUAGCUUUUGUACAAUCAGCUGCACAAAAGCUGCUAGACAAAUUAAGGCACAAGGUUCAGCAUGUGCACACCUGUCUAUCCUCAUUAAUGGUCCAGUCACAUUAGAGUGGCCAAACCAUACUUUUUAUGAAGUCAGAAUAUAUUUUUUUGUUUGAAAUGAUGUCAUGAAUGUCAGAUGGUAAUGUCAUUAUAAUUACUGGUUUAAUUAAUGUUUCACAGCUUUCUAGCAUGUUCUUACAGAGCUAUAUCAAUCAAAGUGUUCAAAUGUUAAUGUUUGAAUACAGAAAGACUUUCAGGUAGAUUUUCACAAGUCUAAAAUUUUUGAGGCAUGCAUUCUUACAAAUUAUUUUGUUUCGUGCCCACUUCAGUGGCGUAGGAACAUCAUUUGCUGUCAGCAUGGAGUUUGCUGCCCCCACUCCCCCCCUCCCCCCAAAAUAAAAACAAAAGACAAAAACAAAAACUGAGCAUUGUCUACACCAUUGCACUUACCUCUAGCUAGGGAAUGACUAAUAAUACUGAAGACUUUAACAGUAUUCAUUUGAAGUUACCUUCUUAUUUUGUUUUAACAGCAGCUGAAAGCAGAUGGUUUGAUUUAAGGCAGACCAAGCUUGAAACAUCAUUAGUUGCUUCUUAAUCUAGGACUGCUUGAGCCUUAAUUCUUUUGAUUGCCAAUUGAGAAAAAAGUUGGUAACUGACAGGUUCAGAUUUUUUUUUUUUUUUUAUAUAUACAACUUCUAACUUGCAUGUACAUGUAUUUUUGCAAAAUUUAUGAAUAUUUUCCGAAUCUCUUCUUGUACUAAGCCUAUAGCCUUCAUCUCCCCACCCCCCAACAGCUCCCUUUGUGGGUCAGUAAAACUUAAGAUGGAUUAUGGAGACCUUUUGUCAUGGUUUUGCCUAUCAGUAGUGACACAUAAGGUGGUACACUUACUCAGCAUGCAAUAACUGCAAGACCUUGAUAAAUAUUGUACAUUAAUCCAUUUUCUGAUUCCUUGUAAGCCCAACCCCGGUUACCUGAGAGAAGGGGUACAGAAGCCUGUAUAUAGAAUAGACUAGCCUUGUUAGUGCUGUCAUUGGUUUGGAAUAUCAUGACUGAAGAUUAAGUUGAUGUUAUUGGCAUCAGUAUCUUUGGACAAGAAAUGUUUAGCUUUUGUUGUUGUGGGGUUGGAAAAUUGAAAAUAUUUUGCACAGAGUUGUUUGUUGGAGAAAUUAAGAUAACUAUACACCAGAGUCUGCUGACAUAUUGACAUGUCAAACUGCUACACAAGGCUGAAAACCUUUUUGACAAAUUGCAUUAUUGUACAGACCUAUAAAUUUUUCUGCUGGUGUGUAGCAUUUCUAGGUGUCAUCUGAAAUGGCUUUUUAAAUGGCCACAAUAAAGAAGAAUUAAAAUUAA